CACAUCCCGCUCGUUGCUGGGCGACUUCAUCGCACACAGCUGGUGGCCAGUGGUCACUUAAAACAGCACGUGACGUGCACAUGCAACCACCAUCAUCCACUGCAAACAUUGGAUCCUCAUUUGCCCAACCAACCCAUCGCCUCCCACGUCAACUUCGACUUCUCUACCACUACGUCCUUACAUCUAGCAUCGCAUUCUCCUCCUUCACCGAAUACAUACUCUGCAGCCAUGUCGCCUUUAUCCGACCUCGAAGAUGAAAAGAAGCAGUACCAAGAGCAGCUGGACAUCGUCCGCGGCCAACUACGCGACGACCCCGAGAACGUCGAACUCAAAGCGCUUCAGGAGGAGUUGAACAACUUCAUUGAUCUCCUCAAUGAGAACAUUGCUGAGCUCAAGCCCAAGCAGGCGCCCAAGCCAGCUCCCAAGCAGCCGUCCCCGCCACCUGAACCGGAGAAGUGGUCCCGCGAGAACCACCCCGCCUUUAAGAAAGCGACCCCGGCCGAGGAGAAGGAGGACACGCCCGUCCACUACCAGGUCAACGACACAGUGUUGGCGAAAUGGGUCACCGGUGACAAGGCAUUCUAUCCGGCGCGUAUUACAUCCAUUACAGGGUCCUCGACAGACCCCAUCUACAUUGUCAAGUUCAAGACGUAUGAUAACACAGAGACUCUGCGAUCUCGAGAUAUCCGCCCUGUCUCGAAUAAGCGAAAGGCAGACGGUACCCCAUUGUCCUCGGCACCCGCGACUCCCCCUGCCCCCGGAUUGGUGACGUCGGCCGGCGCGACAGUGUAUCCUGAAGCGAAGAGAGAAGCAGAGAACAACGGCGAUGUGAAGCCCCCCAAGGCAAAGAAGCUCAAGGCGAAGAAGGAGCUCGAGAAGAACAAGAAUAAGUGGCAAGAAUUUAGCGCCAAAUCCAAGUUCGGAAAGGCUCACAAGAAGGAGAGCAUGUUCCGAACGCCCGAGGGUGUUAACGGUAGAGUUGGUUUCACAGGCUCUGGCCAGACCAUGCGAAAAGACCCAACUCGAAGCCGUCAUGUCUACCAAAUGAACGAUGAGCUGGACUAA